GGUUAGACUCAUUUUCUGUAAGAACACAGAGGUCAUGUUCUUUUUAUAUUUGUGCUUAUUUGCAGUUUUGGGAGAAUACAAGCUGUUUAACAUGGUCUUAAUAUUGAAUAUACUGUUUUUAAAAAACUGGAUUAAUGAUAUUCAAAAUUUAUAGUUUAAUUUAAACGUUCAAGUCAGUGAGCAAAAUGUGAAAAUAAAUAAAAUAAAGACAUCAGAUUCCCAGUCAAAGCUGGAACAUAACAUGGAGGAUCUGCUGACCACAGAGAUGAUAUAGACUUUUCUGAAGAUAUGAGUGUAAUUUAGUGUGGGUGGUGUAAAAAUGCCUUUAAACCCACGGCUCUGACAACAACGAAGAAGACGUGUUAUCCCGCCUACGUCGUUAUUCGCGACUCCUAUUGGUGCUUUCGCUGUCAGUCACCAGAUGUCACAAAGGUGUUAUUCAGUCGUCUUUGACAGGUACGAUGAUGUCGCCGACAAGAGGACCGAGGCGACCGACAGCGGCAGACGCCCUAGUUUGUUUCUUUUGCCGUUUUCUGGGAUAAACGUGGUGAAAUGCUCUUUGCUCUGGAGCGAACCGUAAACCCCUCGACAGUUACACUGGCCCGGACAGGACUCGCAGCGUCUGGAUGUAGCCUAGCACACUGCUAGCCACCAUCGAGAAAGUUGUGAUCACCCUGCAUGAUGUGUGACGGUUGCGAGUCCAGCGAGCAGAGCCUGUCCCUCUCUCCCUCAUCUUGGGCCAGUCCCCCCAUCUCGCCAUACCCCUGAAGUCCUUUUCUCCCCAACCUGCCAAGAUGACCGACAGGAAGGAGCCACCCUUCUUUAAUGAUGACAGCUUGGGAGCUUUUCAUUACAAACUUCCUUUCUAUGACACUAUGGAGCUGUACAUAGAGACCCUGACAGGGACCUGCUUUGAGCUGCGUGUGUUGCCCUUUGAGGCUGUCAUUUCAGUCAAAGCAAAGAUCCACAGGCUAGAAGGUAUCCCUGUUGCCCAGCAACAUCUUAUCUGGAACAACCUGGAGCUGGAUGAUGAGCAUUGUCUUCAUGACUAUGGCAUUGCAGAGGGCUGCACUCUGAAACUGGUCUUAGCCAUGAGGGGAGGCCCAAUUAACACCAGGAAGGUAACCAUGGAGGACCCCAUGAAGGACGUGGCUGACCUCAUGGAGGGAACUAGGGAUGAGGGGUGGGAGAAGAGCCUGACCAACAAGCAGGUCACAUUCGUGGUCUAUCGUGAAGGCGACCAGCUGAACUUUUUCCGAGUGGUGGACAGAGGAGAUGGCACCCUGACACCUCUGUCUGAAUCUUUGAGCGGUGGCUCUGUGUAUAACGUCUACACAGAGGAAGAGGAGGAUGGAGAGAGUUCUGCAGCCGCACAGCAGAGCCUGGAAAAUUCAAUCACCAUGAACAAGAUGAAGCUGCUCAAAGCAAAAAUGGAGGACAUGAACCUUAACAAGAAGCCGAAGAAGUCAGCUAAGGCGAAACCCCGGCCCCCGGUCAGUCCCCAUCCCUGCAGUGGCCCUCUAGGACCUUCUGGCACACGACUCCACCAUCGUUUCUUUCGCUCGCUCUCCCACGUGAACCAGCCACGGCAGUCAAAUGCACAACUACCUCCAAUUAGGGACCAUGACUCUACCGACCCCUCCCCGGCCUCUGCUGCUGCACCCCCUGCUCACAUGUCCUUCCCUAGAAGACCCCCUCCAACUUUCUCCUCCCCCUCUUGUUAUAUGCUUCAGGAGGAGGAGCCGUGGGAGACUUGCCCCUCCUUUGCUAAGAUUCGUCCUCCUCCAAAAGUUUCCCGGUUGGACAUCGGUGGCAGGUUAAUGAGGGACUGCGUUUACCCUCAGCUCCCUCCUCUGUGCACUAGAGGACCACCUGAUGCCAUCUUUGACCCAGCUGAGCCUGCAGGGGAGGCAGUUGGACUGGGGUUAUUGGAUGAGGCUGCUGGACUGGUGACACCAACACAACCCGGAGCUGCUUUUGGGGAGCUGUCAGACCCUUUGAGUCUGGAUGUUUCCAGCCAGCCAGAGGGAGGUCUGCGGUCUUUGGAAGUUGGGGCUCAGCACCAGCUGCCGCUCUCUCCCUCCCCUCUCAGUACCUGGACGCUUGGACCAAGUGACGUUCUCACCAGCAGAGCUGAUAGGACACAGAUAGGCACUUCAUUUCACAUCAGUCCCCCCUCUCCGUUACCCACCUCCACCUCACCAACUUCCACUACCAGACCUCUGCCUCAGCCUUUUGAAUCUACCGUCUCCUGUUUACAGCCCAACCUUCAGGCACAGUCGUCAGCACAAGUGAAGCCCAGCAACAUAUCCCCACACCCGUCCUCCACCCUGUCAGCCCACCCGCCACGCCUCCGUGGCGUCAAAGUAGAAUCACCUGGCAAGAUGCCAGAACUCAUCUCCAAGAGAGAAGCAAGAGGCAUCACAAAGAUGGCCAACCAAGCCUGCAAAGAGCCAGUCGGAUCCCUCAGUAACUCUGACCUCCUGGCUUCUCUCUCCACAAGGGCUUCUGACAGCAGCAGGGAUGAGUUUGGAGAGAGCCUCGGACUGGCUUUGGCACUGCCUCCUACUGCAGCCUCAGGACAGGGCAGCCUCGGCUCCAAGCUGCCGUCCAUCCCAACCAACAGGCUUCUUCAGGAUGGUCUCGUGAGACAAAUGUCACCCUUAAACAGAGCCUCCUCCUCUUACAUGGCCAACAGCAGUCAGUCAUCAGCUGCAGGAGUCAUACCUUCAUUUGGGAGGAUAGGCACUCCAACAUACCACCUGCCCCCGGUCAAAGCUCCCACAAGCAGCAAGAAGAAGAACUCCAAACACUGCUUUCUUUGUGGCAAAAAGACCGGCCUGGCCACCAGCUACGAGUGCAGGUGCGGACACAACUUCUGUGCCACUCACCGCUAUGCAGAGACACACGACUGCACGUACGACUACAAGAGCGCAGGAAGACGAUUUCUGCAGGAGACCAACCCCCUUAUCAGCGCUCCCAAGCUGCCCAAGAUCUAAACCCUGCAGGCCUCACCUCUGAAAAAGGGACGAAGGGGGGGGGGGGGGAAUCUAAUAAACCGACUGAAUGGAGAAGAUUCUGCUAAGUCACAUUGAGCAAAAAGAAGGAACUUAUUCACCACUGUGUGCUUUUUAUAUCAGCCAAGUUUGCUUCAAAGUUACACAGAAUAUUCUGUAAAGCCAAGCGAGAAGAGUCCACCGAAACGGCACAGAACUAAUUAUCACCUCUCGAUAAUGUGAAGAUGUUUAUCCUUUUUUAAAAACAAAAAAAAAAAAAAUCUGUUACCUUAUUCUUUUUCUCCAUAGUGCAAAUAAAACACAAAAAAAAGCAUGUAAGUAGUUUUGGCAAAAUAUACCUGCUGCACGUCCAGACAUGUCUAUUUUUAGUUUUGUCUGCUUUUUUUUUUUGUUUGUUUUUUCUUUCUUAAGUAGGAGGUUUCAUUGACAAGUCUUUGACAGAUGCACUUUAGAAUUAUCAUACUGUAUUUAUACAUUUAACUUUCCUUAUUGGGGGAAGGAUCCUUACAAUUCUGUUUGUCUUAUGAAGUGUUUAUGUUGUCGAGAUUUUUAUAUUCUGCACCUCUGUACCUGUUUCUGAUAAGGGCACAUACCAACAUAACUAAUGAAGAAUUUCUGAAAGAGAACCGUACACCCACUUAUUGAUGAAAUACUUAAUAUUUAUUAAUAAGAUACUACUUAUUUAAAUACAAAGUUGGUUUUGAAUUAGCGAUUUAUGUAGGUGUGAAUGUCAGUUGUAACCUGUAUGCCUAUUGAGUAAACUGUAUUAGGAUUUGGGGGAUGUGUUAUGGUUUUUAUGAUGUGUCUUCAGUGAGGUGGUUGCCAUAAAAAAAUCUUUUGUAAGUCUUUUUUAAUGCUCAGCUGUUGCAAAAACUUUAAAAUGCUGUUCUAGUAUCUACAGGGGUUUGAUCUAAUAAAGUUUGUUUCCAUA